AUGGCACCCAGCAAGAGUGCGUGGAUGCAGCAAAAGAACCGAACCUCCAGUAUGUCUGAGCUAACGACGAAGCUGUGCACAGAGACUGCCGCUGCCGAGUGCAUCUCGGAUGAGGCGCUCAUCCAUCUCAAAUCCUACCAGUAUUCGGCCGUCGACAAGUCGCCCGUCUCGCAUUAUAUCCUUCGCCCCUACUGGAACGCCGUCGUCGAGCUCCUCCCGUUAUGGCUUGCGCCGAACAUGGUCACCCUCCUCGGAUUCUUCUUCAUUCUGGGGAACAUCGCUCUCAUGGAGAUCGUUAUGCCGGACCUCGUGGGGCCUGCGCCCUCCUGGGUGUACCUCAGUUUCGCAUUCGGGCUCUUCAUGUACCAGACCAUGGACAACAUCGACGGCAAACAAGCACGACGCACCGGCACGUCGAGCGGACUGGGUGAGCUGUUCGACCACGGAAUCGAUUCCUUAAACUGCACCCUUGCCAGUCUGCUGGAGACAGCGGCCAUGGCUUUGGGUACUUCCAAGUCGGGUGUAUUCACCGCGCUCUGCCCGUGUCUGCCCAUGUUCUUCUCCACGUGGGAGACGUACCACACGCACACCUUGUACCUGGGCUACUUCAACGGGCCCACGGAGGGGCUUCUGAUCGCCUGUCUUGUCAUGGCUCUUUCCGGCAUCUAUGGCCCGGGCAUCUGGACCGAGCCGAUCGUGAAUCUCGUUGGGACUAAGAACCUCUUCGGAUACGACCACCUGGUUGGCGAGCACUCGAUCCGGGACAUUUGGAUUCUGAUCAUCGUUGGGUCGCUCCUCGUCGGCCACAUCCCCUUCUGUGUCCUCAACGUUGCCAAGGCUCGCCGAAAGAACAAGCUCCCCGUUUUACCCGUCUUCCUCGAAUGGACGCCCAUGGCCGUGUACACCCUCUCUAUUGGAGCCUGGAUCUACUCGCCAUACUCGACGCUGAGGAUCGAGAACCACCUCGUGCUCUUCUGCUUGACCAUGUCACUCGUUUUCGGUCGCAUGACCACCAAGAUGAUCCUGGCACACCUGACAAGACAACCUUUCCCAUACUGGACUGUCAUGCUCGUGCCGCUUGUCGGCGGUGCUAUCCUGGCCAACUUGCCUAGACUUGGCUUCGAGCCGAUUUCUGCCAAGAACGAGCUCAUCUACUUGUACGGGUACUUCAUAUUCGCCUUCGUGGUUUACUUCCGCUGGGCAUACCUUGUUGUUACCAGCAUUUGCAAAUUCCUAGGCAUCAACGCCCUGACGAUCCCCCAUGAAAAGCAGCUGGAGAACAAGCGGAAACUACAGGCUGCCAACGGAGCCGCCAAUGGUUCUGCCAAGGGCAAGAAGGAACUAUAG